AUGGCUUCAGAAGGCGCAGCGGUCGAGGGGGCGAGUGCAGACGCGGGAAAUGCCGCGACCGCAGCAGCGUCGCCGGUGGCAGCUUCGCCAGGCGAGGAGCACCGAAAUCUGAGAGUUCUGGCGAAACGGUUCGGUGACUUGCAACGUACCAUGGGUGCCGCUGCCAACGCAGACAGCUCUACUACCGCUGAUACUGCUGCGGACGGUGCUCCUGAUUCUGCUGCUGCUGAUGCUGCUGGUGCUGGUGCUGCUGGUGCUGGUGCUGCUGGUGCGGAUUCUGUCGCCGGGGGAGACGGGGGGAGGAAGGCGAGGGUCGCGGGGCAGGCGGAGGCGAUGAGCGUGGCGGAAUUCGCGCACGCGUGCGACGGCAUCUCGCGGCUCUUCUCGCUCCUCGGUAUCGCGUUCGCGUUCGCUGGGAAGGACUUUACGGAUAAGGUGAAGGAUCUGACGGCAGCAGGCAAGGAGUUCUCGACGCUGGGCAGCAUGGUGGACGCGGAUGUGAGCAAGGGCUCCGUGAAGGUGCAGAACAGCCACACGCGCAACCUGCUGCGCGUGCUGCGCGGACUCGACAUGAUGCGCCGCCUCUUCUGCUACAUCCUUGACGACUGCAUGAAGCCACUGAGGGAGCAUGCGAGUCGGGCAUACAGCGAGGUGUUCAGCGCUCACCACUCGUGGGCCAUCCGCAGCCUCGUUGCUGCUGGCAUGUACGCGCUCCCCUCCACCGACAACUUCCUGCACCACCUGGGGGAGGAUGAGGAGUCAUGGCGUGAGCCAUCAUCCGAGUUUGUUACAAGUGUCACUGAUGUCGCUGCUGCGGUGGAGGAUCUAUUUGUUUCACGUGAUCUUGGCCUUGACUGUUCGUCGCCGCCUCGGACGCGCCGCCUCGAACCCGAUCCUUUCGCGCGCCUCUCUGACGAUCUCGUCGCUCACAUUCUCGCUCUCGUCGCCUCCAAUGGAUUCCGUUUCCACCCCAAGCCGUGCCUCACAACCGCCGCUGCUACUUCUGACGCCGCCACCACCGCCUCCGCCGCCGCCGCUUUCGCCGAUUCUGCCGCUGUGGAGGCUAAUGCGGUUGGGGACGGGAGUAACGGUGCCGUCAGCAGCGAGGACUACGAUGCUCUUGGCGAAAAGGGUGAGGACGAAAUGCUCGAGCGCAUCGAGCGGGCUGUGAAAAAACCGUGCGCGCGUUUCGUACGCGUUGUUGAGCUCACCGAAGCCAUAGCUCUCGAGGCCGCAGCGACCGCCGCCAACUACGCUCGAACCAUGACACUCCAUCUCGACCCCGACGAUCCCCACACGCCGUCAGCUGCGCAUAUCCUCGCCUCCGCCUUUCCGCCCUCCCUUUCCGAAGCCCGCACGACCUCCGCGCCUCUUCCGCCCCCGCUUCCGCCUCCGCCGUUCACGGUGUUCCGCCACGCGCUCGUGUGCAAGCGCUGGCUCCGCUUGGCGCGCUUCAGCCUUCCCGCCAUCCUCCUGCAAGCCGACCGCCGCCUUUCCACCCAAACCUUCCGCUCCGUCCUCUCCUCCGCACCUCCUCCUUCCCCCUCCUCCCCUCCCAUACCCCUCUCCCUCUCCCUCGCCCCUCCCACUCCCGAACCCGCCUCCGCCGUUUCCCCCGCCUUUCCCCUUCAUUCCCCGCUCACCCUGCAGCACCUGCACAUCGGUCCAUCGGCUCUAGACGCCAUAACAGACGAUCUCCUUCACUCCAUCGCUACGGGGUGCGCGCGCUCCCUCACGCACCUGUCGCUGUAUCGCCACAUGAACCUGCGCUCCUGGGAGCGGAACCGCGGCUCCAUCGACCCCGACGACGCCGUCGCGAAAGUAACAGAGCCCGCCGUUACCGCGCUUUUCGCCGCCUGCCGCCGCCUGGUCAGCCUGAAACUCACGCUGCCCCUGUGCCUGCCCGAGCUGCCCGCGUCCGUGAGUCUCCUGCAGCGGCUGACGAGGCUGGAAGUUUCAUGCGGCCGCCUCGAUCCGCAUAUCAGGGCGGUCGCUGAUGGUGAUGCCGCUACGGCGUUAGAGCCAACACCCCAGCCGCGGUUCCCCGAGGGCGUUGGUUCGCUCUCCGCGUUACGUUCUCUAAGCAUCCGCGCGCCUUGCGUGCGCGCCCUCCCGCACACCCUCUCCCGCCUCCGCUCCCUCACCUCGCUGAAAAUCGUCGGCUGCAGUUCCCUCCGGCAGCUGCCCGACGGUCUCGGGCAGCUAAAAAAGCUGCAAUACCUGGAGCUGGCGGGCUCAUCUUCCAUGGAUUCCCUGCCCGACUCCAUCGGCCUCUUAUCAUCCCUCGAAACCCUCCACCUGUUCGCGCUCAAUGCCGACUUUCUUCCAGACUCCUUCGCCCACCUUUCCUCACUCAAACGCCUUUUCAUCACCAACCUCUCGCGCCUGCAAUCGCUUCCUGACGGCAUCGGGGAGCUGCCCUCCCUGCAAGUACUCAACAUCACUUCCUGCUCUCUCUUAGCCGCUCUCCCGCCCUCCAUUUCCGCCCUCUCCUCCCUCACUGCUCUCACCGUUUAUAACUGCGCUGCCCUCGCCUCGUUACCGGAGGAUAUCGGUGACGUUCCUAGCCUCGCCUCUCUCGUCCUCAACUAUCUUAACUCUCUUACGGCUAUUCCGGACUCUCUCGCUCUCCUUUCCUCCCUAACGCACCUUCACGCGGCGAACUGUAGGGUUCUAACGCGCCUGCCGGCGUCUUUCGCGGGGAUGCACUCCCUCUCUCGCCUGCAGCUCCUCAAGUGUCCUUUGAGAUCGCUGCCCGAAGAUAUCGGGCAGCUGUCGGCGCUGACUGAGCUGCAUCUGAAUAAAGUGCUGGACGUGCAGGAGUGCGAGAAUCUGAGCGAGCUGCCCGAGGGGUUGGAGAGUGCGAGGAGUUUGCGGGAGCUUCAUGUGGAUGGAUGCAACGAAUUGGAGGAUCUGCCCGAGCCGAUCAUGGCACGGGCCGGGAGGAUACAGCUCCAUGCUAUAUAG